AAGAAAGAAGCCGGACAUUAACCCGACCCACUGACAGGAUGAAGUGCUUUGUGGUCCUGCUGGUUUGCAUCUCCAUUGGGUGGGUCCAUUCUGGCAAAAUCAAGCUGAAAGAUAAUAUUGCAAGAUUGGGAGAAGCCACACAGAGCUCGACAUACAGACCCGAGUACAAGGCUGCCGCUGCUAUUGAUGGUAAUACUGACUCUAAUAUGAUGUCGGGCUCAUGUUCCCUCACUGGUAAUGACAACCCGGCUUGGUGGCAGCUGGACCUGAAGAAGAGGUACAAGGUGGACACAGUGGUGAUAGUGAACAGAGGGGACUGCUGCAGCGAGCGCCUGUUGGGAGCCAAGGUCCGGGUUGGAGAUUUAGCCGAUAAUAACAACCCAGUGUUCGGCACCGUAACCGACGUCUCCGAAGAAACCAUCGUUGUGUCCUGUCAUGGGAGGGAGGGUCGGUAUGUCUCUGUGGUUAUUCCCGGGCGUGAAGAAACUCUCCAGCUCUGCGAAGUGGAGGUCUAUGGGCAAGAAUAUAAACCUGUUGUACCAAACCAUGAAGAAUCAGACGAUGAAUUUGUAGACAAUUUAUUUAAUUAGAGGCUGAAGAAGACUUUGGAUUAUUAACCUUCUGGCAAUGAAUCUGCUGUGAAACAAUAAAUACAAAUGUUGGUUCA